CCCUUUAGAAAGCUCGCUUGACCAUUACGAUCAUUCGCACAUCUUUCAUCAUAUUGUAUCUCCCCUCUUUUUCUUUCAAAUAGAUAUUAUUGCUAUAUAAAAAAAAUAUUAUCUUUCAAUCGUGUCAAAUUGAAAAGAAAAUCAACUAAAAUAAAAGUGUUCAAUUGUCAAAGUGUCGAUAUGCUGCCGAUUCUCAAACGGAUAUUACUAUUGAAUCUGACGAUCGCAGGAUUUGUGUAGGAGCUUUACCAUAGCAAUAAUUAACUUUUUAAUCAUGGAAAGAAAGUUGACAUGAGCAGCGAAGAUCGAUUAGAUCUCCGCAACAGGAUUGCGAGCAGAAAUGAUCGACAUAACGUGACCACAAGUUUCCCGGUGAUCAGUUUUGAUCGCGGUUGUGUCUCGGGUCAGAAGUACUAUAAUCAUUGACGUUUCGACCGAAGAUGACAAGGUGCAAGCCAGGUUGAUGCUGCAGCGCGUGUAACUCAGCGUUCAAGACUAUUAUUGUACUGAAUCCUGCGGCCUAAAAAGCGAAUUUACUUCAACACAUAGUGUAACACCAGUGUGAACCAAAGUUCAAAACUAUAUCCGCAGAAGAGUGCUAAGGGAGUUUUGAUAGUAUGACGGUGAUGCUGCUGCAACGCUUCGCCACCCCCCAAUUGACACAUAGCCAAAAAACAGCCAAUCAUAAUAACAGUGAACCGCCAUUUGUUUUUCUAUUAGAAAUCGAGGAACACACUAAUAACGGCCCUAGCAACAAUAACAAUAAUAACAACAAUAACCAUAAUAACAACAACUCUAGUUACAAUAAUAACAUUAAUUCAGGGAACUACGAAUGUAGUUAUAUUAAUAGUAACACAAAUAAUAGCGCCAACGUCGGGAAGUUUAUCUCGACAAGCCGCAGCAACGUUACCAUUGGUGGUGUGUCAGCGGCAAAGUCGCUAAGCCGUUUGGGGGCCCAGGGUGUCGCGAUGCGAUAUUAUCGUCUAUGGAUAUAUGCCUGUAAUAUAGUCUUGCUGGGCAGUGCAUUUGGCUUUGCCGCGGCUGUAUCGCGAACACUUCUCUUCUCGGGAGAUCCUCGGCGUUAUUUAGUACCGGGCGUACCACGAGCAUUUGACCCCACCGCCCUAUAUGCUUAUCUAGCCUUAGCAAUUCAGCUGGGUCUCGUUCAACUUCUCGGUUGCAUUGCAGCUAGGCGCCUUAGCGCUCGACUCCUUAAUGCUUAUUGGAUCCUCUUACUGGCUCUUCUCUUCGGCGACGUGGUCAUCGGUGUCGCCUGGGUCUUUCGUUUUGAAAGGAUGCGUGCUGAACUUCGCCCAACUCUUAGGUUACGACUCCAGGGGGAUUACAACAAGGAGUCGCGAUUUAGCGAGCAAUGGGAUCGCCUUCAAAGAGAUUUCUCUUGCUGUGGUGUCACGGAUCCUCAAGAUUUUGGAUCUCAUUGGCCCCAAACUUGUUGUGGCCCAAGUUCAAAUGUGAGCGAGGUCUGUGAGCCAACUUAUGCCAAAGGUUGCGAGGAAUACUUAAUGGAUUGGCUCAGAAAGACAGCGGAUUUGCUCUUUGUCUUAGGGUUCUGUGUUAUAGCUUUCACUAAACUAUGUUUUCUCGGUAUUCUGCGCUACGAAAUCCGAGAGAUGAUACAGAAAAUCAAAUUGCUACGGGAACCUCCGCCGCAGACAACUACUUUCAUUCAGUCCUUUUCUCAAGGGCCACCAGACCCGACGAACAACGGGAACUUCAUACGCCGAACAACACUGCCAUCUGUCACGGCACCUUCCGGUAACGCACCGCUGUUACUUCAAAAUGAUGAUUGUGCCGUUAGUAAGCAUCCCUUAUUAGCAAAUAAUUUGCAAGAUGGAGGGGCGGAUAGUGAUACGAACAGUCAUUGCGCUCUAAUAUUGGAAGAAACGACACCCACCUCCACUAUUCAUAAUUGUAGUUCAAAGGAGAAAAGCAACGGGAACAAUAAUUAUGAAAUGAGAGAAUUCAACAGAAGACUACUACUUCCGAAUGGUGGAAGUCCUGGGGUUGGAAUAACGACCGGAGGUCAGAGUAGACGAACCUGACUAUGGAAGUUCUGGCGAACUACAGCAAGUCAUUUUCUUUGUAGAAAUAAUCGACCUGCUGAGCUACCAAUAUACAAGUAAACUUUUCAUUUUUAAUCCAAAAAUGAGCCAAAGGCUUAGGAAGAAUAUGCCUUAAGUGAAACAGAGCUGUAUGUAGAUAACAAGAAACGAGGCUGAAUUUAAAGAGGAAUCCCAGGCAUGGCACAAUGGAAGUAAAAUCAGAAAUUUUCCAAAUAGUGUCGUUGGCCAAUUAUUUCACAUUUUUCAACGACUUAUUUCAUAACAUCAUAUCCAAAUAUAAUGCGUCCUCUUUAAACACUACUAAAAAAUAGGAGUACUCCAUCAAAUUUACUUUAAACUAAUUUGUCAAAGUAUGAAGACAUCAAUGAUUUCGGGCUUCUUUUUUCAUUUUCAAACUACAACGUACAGCUUAUGUAUAUUAUACAUGGAUACAGAAUACUCGUGCUCUUUUGUUACACAAAUACAUUUUUUAAAUAAAUUAUGGAAACUAUUUCAAAUUGAAAAAGUGUUUUGACACCAUAAAAGCAAACAACCUACCCGAUUACAUUGAAAAUACAAUCCUGCCGUUU